AUGCGUUCGACGCACUUCCUGAAGCCUAUCUUAUUCCUUUUCUCGUCCCUAUGGAUGGCAAAGGCAUUUUCUGUGUCAGUGGGAACAGCCUCUGAAUGUGCUCCAUUCACCGUUUCUUGGACGGGCGGACAGAGCCCUUUUCAGAUUGCUAUUUUCCCCGCUGAUGAUCCCCCGAGUUUCUAUACCGCAACAUCGUCACCUUAUACCAUUUCUCAACUUCUGCUGCCCCAAGGGACCCAGUUCGUGGUGACGAUGUCUGAUGCAACCGGGUUCGCAACUGGGGGUACAACUGACUUGAUAACGGUGGCGGGGCCCUCCAGCGGCUCCAGCUGCAACACUACUUUUCCGACCCUGAGUUACUACUUCAGUGAUACUUCGUUGCCUUUCCAACAAUGCGGACCCUUUGAAUUCAACGGAUACCAGGGAGCGAUACUGCCCGUUACUUUUCUGGCGAUCAUUCCUGGAGGGGAAUCAUCUAUCCUUGCGUCUGGUGUGACGACAACGACCUACACCUGGACGGCAGAUGUACAAGCCGGGACCUCGAUUAUAUUUUCGAUGUUGGAUGCUGAAAACAACACAGGCGGCUGUUCUCUGGUUCAAAUAGUAGGGGGCUCGAACGAUGCUUCUUGCCUGAGCUCCAACUCCCCUUCAUCCACUGCAAGCAUUCCGCAGGCGUCACAAUCGGGGUCUUCCUCUCCCAGCCAAACUAGUUCUGGCUCUUCAACAACCCUCUCGGUUGCCGCUAUCGCUGGAAUUGCAGUCGGAGGUGUAGUUGCACUUGCUGCGCUGGCGAUCCUCUUGUUAUGCUUUAUGCGAAGGAGGCGCAGGAAUGAUGUCACGUACUCCACUCCUAUGCCAUCUAAUUCGCCUCCUUUACACUCGGAGGUCACUCCAUACCCAAGCUCCUUCCUGCGGUCUGAUCAGACUAUAUCCGGGAUGACCCAUCUUGCUCCGCAGGACACCUCCAAUUUACCCCGUGCCUCGACAAGCUAUAAUGAUACCAGCGUAUCGUCAGCACCGCCAUCUCCUCCGGGGAAGGGUUCCACGAUCGUUAUGACUCCUUCCGGGUCUACGCGGUACAUUGUUCAUACGGAUAUAGAGGAUGCUUCGCACACCGCAUCGCAGGUCAUCGAACUUCCGCCUCAAUACUCCGAAAGGUCGGGACUCACAUGGCAAUAA